GUUUGGGGUGAGGUGGUUGUACCUGGCAUCGCUGCCAGCUUCUCCACCCCUGGCCACUCAGGGCUUAACAGUUUGCAAGCCCUUUCACUUCCCUUGUCCCUCCGACUUUCACAGUGGACUUACAGAAAGGCAGGACAAGGGAGGAAACUGAGGCAGGGCAGAGGGAAGUGCGUUCGUGCCCGAGGAGGGGGCUGGGGUCUCCGCUGUUCCCUCUCAGAGAAGCAGUGGUAAACAGGGCUGUCUCCCUGAGGGCCUGUUGCAGCAGGGCGCGUCUGGUGGGCACGCAGGGUGACUCCAUCCAGCGUCUCUGUUGUGGGUGACAUCAGAACUCCCAGGAGACCUUCGGCAGCCGUGUGUCGGGAUCAGGGACAGCCUCGCUUGCCUAGCACUGCGACCUUGGGCAAGCCACUUCACCUUCCCCAGCCCUGGGCCACCUGUCAAAGGGGAAGUAACUGUCCCAGGUGCCUGUGACACCUCACCUGGGUGCAUCCCCAAGCCUGUGUGGCCUGUGAUGACCCCUGAAGGGCUUCACCCUGCUCACAUGGGGCCGGGCUGCCUUUGCCAAAUCAGACGUGCCCCCUCCUGGGGCUCAAGGCUGCACAGAAAAGGCCAGGAUUGUAUUUUUGCCCUGGGUACCCUGGUUGCGGCUGAGGGCCAUAGUGUGGGGAGGGGACAGGGCCCCCCCCCCCGCAGCUUUGUCUCUGACACACACAAAACCUGGAAACGGCUGAGGAAGAUGGAGCCUCCUAAGGACCAUUGUCUGGGGCGGAGGGGAGUGGUUGUCCCGGAAGUGUGUUGGGGUGCUGCCUGCCUGCUGGGCAUCUGUUCUGUCCCGGGAGCAGCUGGGUGUGGGCGUGGGUGGGAGGCCGGAAAGGUGGUGUCGCUGCAGGUCAUUUGUACCACUGUGUGGGGUACUGGACUGGGCACCCUCCAGAGUGUUGGGCCCAGCACAGAUGGGGGACAGGGUGACAGCGCAGCUCCUGUUGAUCCUGGCUGCGGGCCAGGCCAGGGGCUCUCUGGUUAUCUGUUUCCAGCAUCCCAGAGUGAGAAGAGCUGUCUUUGCGUUAUCCUAGAGGAAACUGGCUGUGAGGCUGCAGGCGUGGCCAAGGUCACACAUCCACCAGCUCCUCUGGGCAGGCUGUGCCUGGGGUGCAACAGCAGCGAGGCGGCAAGCAAGGGCUGGCAGGCAUCUGGCUGCCCCUUCCCUCUGCCUCCGUCACUGCUCACACCUGAACACCUGUCCCGGAAACUGGCCAUUGUUCCCCCGUGUCCUUCCUGUUUGUGAGGCCGUCCUUCCUCCCCAGGCCCUUCCUGUUUGUAUCCCUCCCCAGCAGCCCCAGAUCUACCCAACCAGAUGUUUCCCUGGGGAGCUCUGACCCUUUGCCGGACAGGGGUUGAGUGGGUUAUCCGGUUAUCCCAGGGAAGACAGAGGCAUAGAGUCCCUCUGGCCCCCAUUUAUUGAGCUUCCUCUCCACCUGCACAUUUAGUGGAGCCUGGCAGGAGAGUGACCAGGGCCAGCGUCAGGCAGAGCCAACUCUGUCCUCAGUCUCAGCUGGCUUGGUUCUGGGAGCCAGGCCUGAUUCCGGGAGGCGGGCCCCUGUCCUGCCGGUUGAGGGUGCCCUCUCCACCAGGUUGCACAAGCCCCGAGCUGUGGUGUCCCGACCAAUACUCUGUUUCCUUCUCCUUAGACAGAUGUCGGGUGGGUGGGUGGUGGCUUUGAAGCCCGUAUCCACUUUCCUUGCCAGGCUAAGGAUUCUGUCCUGGGAUUCUUUCUGAUACCCACCCACAUCUCCCUUUCUCAGACCUAGACAUGUGAGAAAGCCAGCAGAUGGCAAGUGCCUGGUUUAGGGACUCAGGAGCUGGGCAGCAAGUACUUGCCAGCCCCUAAUGGUCUUCUUGAUUCCCAGAGACAGCAACCUGUGCCCUGCUGAAACUUCAUGGCCACAACCCUGGGUCCUGCUGGCAUUGCCAUGGGCAGCGUGGGCAGCCUGCUGGAGCGGCAGGACUUCUCCCCCGAAGAGCUCCAGGCGGCACUUGCCGGGUCCCGAGGCGCCCGCCAGCCGGAUGGGCUUCUCCGGAAAGGGUUAGGCCAGCGUGAGCUUCUCAGCUAUCUGCACCUCCCCAAGAAGGACGGUAAGAGCACCAAGCGGGUGCCUCGGAACGAGGCCGCCAACUACACCACCCUCUACUCCAGGGAGCACCCUCGGGCUGGGGACUUCAGCAAGACGUCGCUGCCGGAGCGGGGCCGCUUCGACAAGUGUCGCAUUCGCCCAUCAGUGUUCAAGCCUGCAGGGGGCACCGGGAAAGGCUUCCUGUCCAUGCAGAGCCUGGCGGCCCACAAGGGCCAGAAGCUGUGGCGCAGCAACGGCAGCCUGCACACGCUGGCCUGCCACCCACCCCUGAGCCCCGGGCCCCGGGCCAAGCUGCUGCAGGAGCGACUCCGGGGCCAGGAGCAGGCGCUGCGCUUUGAGCAGGAGCGCCGGACUUGGCAGGAGGAGAAGGAGCGAGUGUUGCGCUACCAGCGCGAGAUCCAGGGGGGCUACAUGGACAUGUACCGCCGCAACCAGGCCCUGGAACAGGAGCUGCGGGCGCUGCGGGAGCCCCAGACUCCCUGGGGCCCUCGGCUGGAGUCCUCUAAGAUCUAG